AUGUCGAAAACCGAAUACUACUCUGAGGAAGAAGAGUUCCAGUGCCCUCUCUGUAUGGAAGAGAUGGAUUUAUCUGAUAGAAAUUUCAGACCAUGCCCCUGUGGUUAUCAGAAUUUGAACGGACUCUGUCCUGCUUGUCGUAGGGUAUAUUCUGAACAAACUAUUGAAUUUAAGCCCAUAUCAGCUGAAGAGUUAGCGCGGAUCAAGAAUGAAAAGAAGCAAAGAGAACGUGAAAAAAAGGAGCUUGAAGCGAUGAAUAGAAAACAUCUGUCUAAUAUGAGAGUGGUUCAAAAAAACCUGGUUUACGUGAUUGGACUAAGCCCGAAGAUUGCGAAUGAGGAGAUACUACGAUCUCAUGACUAUUUUGGCCAAUACGGUAAGAUCGCCAAAAUUGUCGUAAAUCGUCGGAAUCCUCCAGCAUCGACUGUCCCCAGCACUCCUCCACCCCAGCCCAGCGUUGGGGUUUAUAUCACAUACGUACGAAAAGAAGACGCAGCAAGAGCAAUAGCCGCCGGGAUACUCGUUUAUUUGACUUUAUUUUCUUCGUUUGCAAUGUCUAAUUUGCUUAUUUUACGUCUCGAACGUAGGGCAUCAUACGGAGAAGAAGCAGAUAGUUACACUAAAGAGGACUUGGCUUCUGUUAAGUAUCAUCUCAAGGAACAUGCAAACACCGAAGCACAUAAGAUACAAUUAGGUCGACCACCUUCAUCAGGGCCAACCACAGUGUUUCCUCCGCCACAUUCUACUCAGCCGCAUACAGUUAAAAAAGCAGAGCCUCCUCCUCAUCGGAUAGUUGGACCGGAAAGUGACAGAGGAAGUAACGACGAGAGGGAAGAGGCAUCAGCAUUACCUCCAACUGCUUCUUGGGCCACUAAACCAUCAAGCACAGAAACUACACCAAUACUAUAUAAUCAGCAACUACCUACAUCACAGCUAUCACAUUCAGCACAAACACCUUUGUUGCAGUCAUCACAAAAUUCUUUCACACAUGCAUCAAGCUCACAACAGUCUUCUCCCACACCAUCAUCGUCUCAAGAACAAAAGGCAAAACGUUUGUCAGAUGCGCAAUCUAUAAAUGCAAAAGUGGUCAAAAAAUCGGAAUAUGUUCCUAUUUCACUUUCAACGGGAUCUAAUUCAAUUCAAGUAGAAAGAUUGGAAAAAAAAUCCGAUUCAUCGGCUAAAUCGCAUACUGAUAAUCCACUUUUGUCAAAACAAACCGAUAUAGUUGCGGAUUUUGAUCAAACAUUGUCUGCACUCAGUGAUGGCUCUUUUUCCUUCUCAUUUAAUGGCCCAUUACCGGAUUCUGUAUCAAUUACUGAGGAAAAGCUUAACGAGAAAACUACAAUUGUGCAAGAUAGUAACAUAGUUGCAAGCUCACGUAUAGUGUCACCACCACCAGGCGUUGGAUUUAUUAGAACAGACAUUUCAAACCUUUCAAACAGUGCUGAAUUUAAUCAACCAUCACCUACCCCUUAUACUGGCUCGUUCAAUCCGUUUGCACCUGAUGACGACAAAUUCGAUCCCUUCUCUAGUGAAAGUCCAUCUUUAGGUGUUCUUGGGAUAUCAUCUCUUAGUAAUAACGUUUCGGAUAUCUAUGUAAAUGAUGCGAGGACAAAUUCACAGGCAUAUUCUAAUUCGGCAAAAUCAAGAAAUUCAUCACGAUUCGGUUUUGCUCAAGAUGGUGAAUUUACACAUUUAAAUUCUGCAGACCCGUUGGCUAUGAAAGAUUUACAAGAGGGCUUCCGAGCACUAUUUCCAAAUGUUAAUAUAAGUUUCGGACCAAGUGAUGUGCAUCAAGAAUCCAUGUGGAAUACAUCAAAUGAUUCUACUUUCGCACCGUUGCGUCGAAAUUUAAUGAAUGCGCCUCCUGGUGUUCAAAUUUCUAGUAUGAACCAAGCUCAAAAUCUUCUUAACAACACGUCUCCUGGCCUGGAUCAUCAUUUCCAUCAAAAUAUGUUAAUGCAACAUCAUCAGCAGUUGAGUGGAAAUUCUGUUGUACCUCCAACUAUUAAGUCACCCCCACCUGGAAUUUAUGCUCAAUCUCCUCGGAUGGAUUUUGGCAUAACUGGUGGUUGGAAUCCACCAACUACUUGGAAUAUCGAGGAUGACUACUUAUCUCGUCAACCCCCACAUCAACCUCCACAUCAGCCGUCUCAGAAUCAGUUUUUAUCUAACCAUUCCAGAAAUGAAACUCAAGACAUUUUCGGUGCUUUUCUUAAGGCUGCUGCAGUUAAUUCAAAUUCUCACGAUGAGGUGUCUAGAGAAGCGGAAGCGUUACCUAAUAUUCUUCAAGAUCCUGCUAUUAUGUCAGUUCGGAUUUCUCAAGCAGACAAUGCAUAUCGGGCACCAGGUGCGCCAGUAAUGUCACAGCAGCAAUAUCAACCAAUACAAAAUGUUGGGGGCCAUCGGUUAAGUGUAUUUGAACGGGUAACAAGAACAGGUGACGAACAGAUUGGUGGUGGGUUCGGUGUAGGAAUCGGAUUGGGUAAUAUGGAUGCAGGCAUAAAUGACGAUUCAAAAGAAAUACAAACAUCCACUCCUUCGGAACGAGCUACUGAAAUUGAAAAGGAAACAGAUCAAUCUAUCAAUGCAACCCUUAUCAAAAGUCCGGUGUUUCUUGACAAGGAUGCCAUGCACAAAAAAACAAAUAACGAAAUUGGUUCAGUUAAUGCAAAUCGUUCUUUAAAACCUGCGCCCGUCAAAAUUUUAAGUACAAAGACGAAUGACGGAAAUGAUUUACAAGUUAAGUCCGUUGCCAGCCCGUCGAUCCAAACCUACAAGAGAUCUCCUAAUGAAAACGUCGCUAAAAAAUCAGAUCCUAAUACAACACCAGAUUCACCAACUACCACACCUGUUCAAAAGUGGAACAGAAGACAUUCGAGAAGUUCGAAGAAACAGUAUAAUUCUGAUGGACAAUUACUUUCCGUAAACAGUUCAUCAAAGCAUAAAGAUACAUUAAUUAAUAAAGGUGAUAGCAUUUCGAUCAAUGGUUCGGGUGAAACAAAUAUAAAAUCUGCCAUUGAGUCAUCUGUUGCACCCACUCCAAUUCUUUCAAAGAAAUCAAAAAAAAAAGAUAAGAAUUCGGGCGUCCAAGCCCAGUUUACGGAAAAUGACCUUUCACAAAAAGACACUGAUUCAAUUGAGGAUCCACAUAGUUUGAACAUUGAAGAAUUUCAAAAGAUUUCAAAUGAAAGUAAUGAAAAGGACAAUCUCACCAUUAAUAAUUUACAAAGUCAUAAUAAAAUGCCAACAGACUUUAAAUUCGAUUUUUCAACGUCCGCCUUUGCAUUAUCUCUCAAUGUCUCAAAAGGCACCAAUAAUGAUUCGAUUUCAACACAAAAUGUGUUAGAAAAUCCAUCUGAUCCAAAAUCACUCUCUGAUUCAACAUUUGACUUUUCAUCCUCUAAUAUAUUUUCUAAGGAUUUCAACUUCAACACAUCAUCCAUUUUCAAUUUACCAACAUCAUUCUCAUCUGCUUCCCCCUUAUUUGGUUCUUCAGACAACAAUUCCCCAGGUUCUCCAAUAAUGAUGAACGGUGAUCCUAGUCCAUGGAAUAAUUUCGCACAGUCUUCAAAUUCCAAUACUUCCAACGGGGUUAAAACCACCACAGUCUCUGUUGAAGACCUUGAACGGCAAGUUGCAAAUGCUAGACGUGAAGCUGAAAUGCUCGAGCACCGUUUAAGGGCAGUGAUUAAAAAAAAUACACAUCACUUGCAAGAUGCAUGGAAGUAA